UACUCAUGGCAGCAGAGAGCUCACACUAUCACCUGCAAACAGACAAAUAUAAUCUGAAUGUCAGUUUGUAAAACCUCUAUUCUACAGAAAUGGACUACAUCAUUGUGCAUUUUAUUAUUUUCACACCUUAACCUGCUAUGCUUUGAUUCGAUAAAUAACGCAUUUACCUUAGGACACAACAAAAAGAGGCCGAUAAUCUCCAGCAAAUUCCUGAAUGAGUCGUAGUAGUCACGCUGCUUCCGUCGUGACAUACGGAGUUCCCGCGAGAUGUAGAGCAAAAUACUAUUUCCUGCCGCAAGCAGUAAGCAACAGUUUCCGAAAGUAAGUUGGCUCUCAUGGGAGCACAUGAAGAGGACUCUGAGCUGCUGCAGACAUUGACAAGGCUGGCAGUUCUUCAAAAAGAACAUGGAGAAGAUGUCCCGGGUUACCACAGCCCUCGGCAACAGUGCCAUCAGUGGCCGAACUAUGUUCUGCCACUUAGACGCUCCUGCAAACGCCAUCAGUGUGUGCCGUGACGCCACGCAGGUGGUGGUAGCUGGCCGCAACAUCUUCAAGAUCUACGCACUGGAGGAGGAGCAGUUUGUGGAGAAGCUGAAUCUACGUGUGGGCCGCAAACCCUCUCUCAACUUCAGCUGUGCGGAUGUCAUGUGGCACCAGAUGGAGGAGAACCUGCUGGCCACGGCUGCUACCAAUGGGGCAGUGGUCACCUGGAACCUGGGAAAACCCUCUCGUAACAAGCAGGACCAACUGUUUACUGAGCACAAACGCACUGUCAACAAGGUAUGCUUCCAUCCCACAGAGGUUUAUAUGCUGCUAAGUGGCUCGCAGGAUGGCUUCAUGAAGUGCUUCGACCUGCGCAAAAAGGAGUCUGUCAGCACUUUCUCAGGUCAGUCAGAGAGUGUAAGGGAUGUCCAGUUCAGCAUGAAGGAUUAUUUCACAUUUGCUGCAUCCUUUGAGAAUGGCAACGUCCAGCUGUGGGACAUCAGACGGCCGGAUCGCUAUGAGCGGAUGUUCACCGCCCAUACUGGCCCUGUGUUCUGCUGCGACUGGCACCCUGAUGACAGGGGAUGGUUGGCCACUGGGGGCCGGGACAAGAUGGUGAAAGUGUGGGACAUGACCACCAACCGGGCCAAGGAGAUCUAUUGUGUCCAGACGAUCGCCUCAGUGGCACGGGUCAAGUGGCGGCCUGAGAGAAAGUUUCAUUUAGCCACCUGUUCCAUGAUGGUGGAUCACAACAUCUAUGUGUGGGAUGUCCGCAGACCUUUCAUUCCCUUCGCCACAUUUGAGGAACACAAGGAUGUGACCACUGGUAUUGUGUGGCGCCACCAGCACGACCCUCAUUUUCUGCUCUCUGGCUCUAAGGACAGCACACUUUACCAACACAUGUUCAAGGAUGCCACUCGUCCCGUGGACAAGGCCAACCCCGAGGGUCUGUGCUUUGGACUCUUUGGUGACUUGGCCUUUGCAGCCAAGGAGAGUCUGAUCAGCAGCGACGCCAACAGAAAGCCUUACCCUGGAGGCGACCGGCGCUACCCGAUUUUUUUCUUCAAGAAGCCCGACCCAACUGAACAAUUUGCCCAUGUAUCCAGUGCCCUUAGCGUCUUUGAGACAGACUUGGACAGUAACCGCAUGGACUGGUUUGUCAAGACAGCACAACUCUACCUCCUCUGUGGGAAGCCAUUUGCCGAGCUGUGUGAUCACAAUGCCAAGGUGGCGCAGGAGCUCAAAAGACCUCAGGUUUCCAAAACAUGGACCAUGUUGAGAAUCAUGUUCUCUGACCCAGCAAACCUCACAACGCCCGGUCUAAACCACAACCUCAGUAAACUGGGCACCAUGCCUUUAAUGAACAGUUUCAACAUGAAGGAAAUGAGUUCAGGGAUGGGCACAGAGAGCAGACUAGAGCGCAGUAAAGGUGAGAGCAGGCAGGACAACAUCCACCUGGAGCCUGGAAACUCACACGCCAGCAAUAAUAAUGAAGAAAAUGAGGAGACCGAGGGAAGCGAGGGCCAGGCUGAGUAUAUGUUCUGUGAUGCUGAGUUAGAUGACGAUGACCUCUACUCUAUGGAGAAUGACAACCAAGCAGAAGAGCCGGAGUACACGCUGCCCCAGGAGGCCUUCCAGCUGCGCCACGAGAUCAUAGAUAACCCUUCUGCUCCAGAGCACCUUCAGCAGGACAAGGCCGACUCCCCGCACGUCAGCGGCAACGAGGCAGAAGUCACUUGUCUGACACCCAUCGAGUCCUUCUCGCUCAUCUCCAUUUCCCAGCCACUGUUCAGCCCACAUUUACCCGCCAGCUUCUUCUGUCCCAUUGUUCGGGAAAUGCUAACCUAUUACGCCGAGCAGGGCGACGUGCAGAUGGCCGUGUCUGUGCUUAUCGUCUUGGGGGACCGGAUCCGCAAAGAGAUCGAUGACCUCACCCAGGAGCACUGGUACAUGUCCUACAUAGACCUGUUGCAGCGAUUCGAGUUGUGGAACGUGUCCAAUGAGGUCAUCAAGUUGAGUACGUGCAGCGCCAUAACCUGCCUGAACCAGGCAUCUACAACACUUCAUAUCAACUGCAGCAACUGCAAGCGGCCAAUGAGCAACAAGGGCUGGAUUUGUGACAGGUGCCACCAGUGUGCCAGUGUGUGUGCAGUGUGCCACCAUGUGGUGAAGGGACUGUUUGUGUGGUGUCAGGGCUGCAGCCAUGGUGGACAUCUGGAGCACAUAAUGAACUGGCUUAAAAGCAGCGCCCACUGCCCUGCUGGCUGCGGCCACCUGUGUGAGUACACCUGAGCCCAUCACAACCACUGUUCACACAGCUGCUGCUCUGAGGGAAUCAAUCCUCAACCGGCCUAGAUCUCACACACACACACCACAGAUAAACAAGAUGUCUUUAUUCCUCCACGUGGGCCUGGAUCCUUUUAUCACUGUGGAAAGAAGGAUGGCUCUGUGUGUGUGUGUUUGAACUAAGAUUAGCCAAAGGUCUCAUUUACUGCGUCUAUAGGAGGAAGAGGUUUAUAUGUGCUCUCCUGGACAGCCAUUCAAGAGCAAACACAUUCAUAUUUAAAUUGGUGAAAUUGUAUAUAAGCAGAUGUUAUGAUAGAUAUAACAAUAUUUCUUUUUGUUGAUUCACACUUGGUGCAUUUUACAUUGUUUUUAAACCCCUCAUUAAAUCCUGAAGGCUGUACAGGAAGAGUUCUGUUCAUCUGAGGUGGAUUGUUAAUGUUUGUACAUAAUGCUACAUCUUAUUUUGAAGGACUGUAGAUAAUGUUUCAUUAAUUUAUAUAAGAAAUAGCUCACUAUUCCAACAAUACAUUAAAGCAAUACAAUUGAA